UUGAUGCUAACUGGGAUAAAGAAGACUUCUGUUGCUUGAAAAUUGACAUGACUAAUGCUUUUAAUGAGUGCUCCAGACCAGCCUUUCUUUCACGUUUGCGGAGAGAAUUUCCAGAAUUAUUUGCAUGGGCUCAGUGGUCCUACCACGUACCUAGUGAGAUGCGUUACGGUAGGCAUCAAAUCUUAUCUACAGCUGGUGUCCAACAGGGAGAUCCCUUGAGCCCUCUUCUGUUCUCACUUGUGAUUCUGGAAUUAUUGGAUUCUAUUGGCGCUAUUUCGAACCUACACCUUCAAAUUUGGUAUUUGGAUGAUGGGACAUUUUUCGGCUCGAGAGAGUCUGUAUCUUCUUUAUUACAAAGUGUUUCGGAAAAGGGUCCCAGUUAUGGCUUACAUGUCAACUUAAAUAAAUGUGAACUAUACUGGCCGUCUGGAGACCAAGCUUUUCCCUUGUUUCCCAGUCAAGUCAGACGUUUGUCAGAAGGGGUUGAGUUGCUAGGAUCACCAGUCCAUGGCUCUGUAGACUUUUUCAGAUCAUCUAUAUCCAAACGUGUUGAUAAAGUCUUGGAGUCUCAAACGCUUCUGAGUAACCUUGAGGAUCCACAAGUUGAAUUGCAUUUGCUACGGAGCUGUCAGAGUAUCUGUAAAAUCAAUCAUUUGUUACGUACUGUGACUCCUGCUUUGUUGACAGACCAAUUACGCCGUUUCGAUGUCGGCUUACGUCGAUCUUUGGAAAUCAUCUGUCGAUCCUCCAUUACAGACACAGCAUGGUUGCAGGCUACACUACCUGUACGACUUGGGGGUCUCGGUUUGAGAGAAGCAGUCAAGUCUGCACCAGCUGCAUACGUGGGGAGUUGUAAUUCCACAAAAUUGUUAGUCCAAGAUUUCCUUAGGAAAGCUUGUAAUUCUCUGGCCUCAACAAACGUACACGUUCCGACUUCACUGCUAUUGGAAGAAUCUGAAAGUUAUCUUCAGAGUUGUUCCUUUCUGAAAAACGAACACAGUCAUUUGCUUCUAGAUUUCAACAACUCGACUCAACGACAAAUUCAAUCAAAACUCGAUGCUGAUUUAUUCAAUUGUUUAUUGAACAAUGCCAGCUUGAGAGACAGAGCUCGUUUAAAUUCCAUCAGUACACCCCAUGCGGGAGCGUGGUUGAGGGCAAUACCAAACCCUAAUCUCGGCCUUUCCAUGCUUUCUCAUGAGUUUGUCAUUUCUAUACGGCUCUGGUUAGGGAUUAAGAUGUUUCCCUCUCCUCCAACUUCGAUCCUGUGCACUUGUCGUCAACACAUCGAUCCUUUUGGAGAUCACCUCAUCAGCUGUGGUACAGGUCCAGAACGCACCAGAAGACACAACGCAUUGGCAGAAGUCAUUUUCCAGGCGUUAUUAGUUGAGAAUAAAGACGUGGUAAAGGAAGUGAGAUGCAGUGGUAGUGACGAAAGUCGUCCAGGUGAUGUUUUUCAUCCUGACUUUUUAGAGGGCAAACCAGCUUAUUUCGACAUAACAGUCAGAAACUCAUUGCAGCCAUUGUACGUGACAAAAGCAGCAGUAAGGGCUGGGGCAGCAGCUGAAGCAGGUGAAGAACAGAAGGACACACGUCACGAAGCAAACGUUCUGGCAACAGGUGGUCUUUUUUACCCCUUGGUAUUGGAAACAUUGGGUUUCUGGUCUCCGUUCAGCAUUAAAACGUUAAAAGCUAUUGCAUCUAAAACUUCAGCUGUCAGCGGAAUUCGAUUCCAUCAAGCUUUCCAGAAUUUGACGCAACAACUUUCGGUACAGUUGUGGAAAUACAAUGCAAGGAUGUUGUUCAGAAGAAUUCAACUUGAAGUACAGGACAUUGAUAGUUGGGAUAUACCCACCGUAGCGUAGUGUAGAAUUUGGUAGUUAGUUCUGUUUAAAUGUAAAAGUAAAAAAAAAAAAAAAUAAAAAAAAAAAAAAAAAUAUAUAUAUAUAUAUAUAUAUAUAACUAAGUCUGUUUGCUCUCUUUCAGGAAAAUGUCCUAAUGAUUGCUCUAAUCGAGGACGAUGCAGCAAUAGAUCAUGCAUUUGUAUUGACAGCUGGAUGG